AUGUCGUCCACCGCGCGCGCGGACGCGAGCGGGGGUCGAUCGUUCGCGACGAGGCGUUGGAAUCACAGGCGGCGGCCGCUCGGAGCGAACGUGAGAAAGUCCUCGACGACGCCGAGGGCGAGCGUCGAGGACGCGGGCGAUGGGUUGGUGCAAGUGGGGGCGAUCGUGGGCGCGCACGGGCUGAGGGGUGAGGUUCGCGUGCUGCCGAUGACGGAUUUCAUCGACGAAAGGUUCAUGACGCGCGGGUCGACUUUGCAAGCGGAGACGUCGGCGCAAGGGAGGUCAAAGGUGAGUGGGGAGUACGACGCGCCGAUCGGGGAGACGCGAGAGGUGAGCGUGCGCGGCGGACGGUGGGUGACGAGUAAAGGACGGAACGAUGUGAUCGUAAAGCUGAGCGGUGUCGACGACAGGACGUCGGCGGAGGCGCUAGUGGGAACGCGACUCUUCGUAUCGCCGAGCGAUCGAGCGCCCCUGCGAGACGAAGCGGGACAGACAAGUGGAGACGGAGACGAUGAGUUCUACGCCCAGGAGCUUCAGGGGAUGCGGGUGAUUGACAGGGAAUCGGGGUCGGAAGUGGGUGUCGUGGAGGACGUCGUCCGAGGUGCCGGAACGCAGGACUUACUGAAGGUUGGAUUCAGCGCGUUCGACGAGGAAUUCGAGAUCGAUACCGAGUUUUACGUCUACGUGCCUUUCGUCAAAGACAUCGUACCGCUCGUCGACGCGAAGAACAGGUUAAUGGAGAUCACGCCACCAGGCGGUUUGCUUGAUUUGAAGACACCGAAGAAAACGAAGGCGCAACGCGCAAAGAUCGCGGCUAAGGCGAAGGCGGCGAGCGAGCAGUAG